AUGGCGCAACCAGAGGUACGUACCCCUUAUUGGGACCACCUGCUGUCCGUGUCCCCUGGUAGUGCCACCUGUGGUAUAACAAACCCCCCCCCUCCCCUGGUAGUGCCUCCUGCGGUACGAACUCCCGUUGAUACGAACCCCACCUGGGGUACGAACUCCCUUGUGGCCCCAUCUGCUGUACGAACGUCCCUGGUGGCCACACCUGCUGUACGAACGCCCCUGGUUGCCACACCUGCUGUACGAACGCCCCUGGUGGCCACACCUGCUGUACGAACGCCCCUGGUGGCCACACCUGCUGUACGAACGCCCCUGGUGGCCACACCUGCUGUACGAACGGCCCUGGUGGCCCCACCUGCUGUACGAACGCCCCUGGUGGUCCCACCUGCUGUACGAACGCCCCUGGUGGCCACACCUGCUGUACGAACGCCCCUGGUGGCCCCACCUGCUGUACGAACGGCCCUGGUGGCCCCACCUGCUGUACGAACGCCCCUGGUGGCCCCACCUGCUGUACGAACGCCCCUGGUGGCCACACCUGCUGUACGAACGCCCCUGGUGGCCGCACCUGCUGUACGAACGCCCCUGGUGGCCACACCUGCUGUACGAACGCCCCUGGUGGCCGCACCUGCUGUACGAACGGCCCUGGUGGCCCCACCUGCUGUACGAACGCCCCUGGUGGCCCCACCUGCUGUACGAACGCCCCUGGUGGCCACACCUGCUGUACGAACGCCCUGGUGGCCACACCUGCUGUACGAACGCCCCUGGUGGCCGCACCUGCUGUACGAACGGCCCUGGUGGCCCCACCUGCUGUACGAACGCCCCUGGUGGCCCCACCUGCUGUACGAACGCCCCUGGUGGCCCCCACCUGCUGUACGAACGCCCCUGGUGGCCCCACCUGCUGUACGAACGCCCCUGGUGGCCCCACCUGCUGUACGAACGCCCCUGGUGGCUCCACCUGCUGUGAUCAAGCAUCACAAGCAGGAAUUCUUCUAUAGUUUCCUCCAAUAG